AUGUGGAGCACCUUCGCGAUCGUCUUUACUAUUGGUCUGCUGGCCGGCUCAGCCAACUCUAUCGUUGAGAAGUUACAGUUCCAAACUGGUGCUUUCGGCAUUGAUGGUAUUUAUCACCUUUUCGAGAAGCCCUGGUUCAUGAGUCUGAUCAUGUUCGUUGCCAUGUUGUUGGCGUUACCUGUUUACUACCUACUCGUGUGGAGGAGGUAUAUAAAAGUGGAUAAGGUCAACAAACAUAUAUUUUUUGUUGUUGCCAUACCAUCCCUUUUCGACCUCUUGGGGUCCUCCUUCCAGGCCAUCGGUCUCGUCUACACCCCCGUGUCGGUUUUCCAGAUGCUCAAGGGAAGCAUCCUCAUCUUCUCGGCGGCUCUAUCGGUCCUUUUCCUCCACAGAAAGAUGUACCGUCACAACUGGGCCGGUGUUAUCAUAUGUGUUAUCGCUUUGAUUUUCGUGGGCAUGUCUAGUGUUGCCUCUCGAGAGAACCAAACCCAAGUAGUUAGUCUCGGCAAGCUCCUUCUGGGUAUCUGUUUCAUCGUCGGUGGCCAAAUCGUAUGCGCCUCUCAAUACGUCAUUGAGGAGUUCCUCUUGAAACCUCCUCACGAUGUGUCUCCUGUCGCCUUAGUCGGUCUAGAAGGCUUCUGGGGUACCAUUUUGAUGGUGGCCGUUGCCUUGCCAAUCGUUGGCUCCCUUCAUGGUGGUGAUGUUGGUGGUGUUAUCGAGAAUACUAGAGACUCCUUCGUCAUGCUCUACAACGAUCCGGCUAUAAUGUGGCUCACUGUGUCGUUCGUCGUCUCCGUAUUCGUAUUCAAUCUAUGUGGCGUUAUGGUUACUGCUACCGCUUCAGCGGUUCAUCAUACCUUCCUCGACGCUACGAGGACCAUCCUCAUCUGGAUCGUCUCUGUGCUGAUGUUCUACGUAGCACCAGGCAAGGGCCUCGGUGAGCCUCUCACGUCGUGGUCUCUACUCCAACUGAUCGGUUUUGUUAUGCUCAUCUAUGGCGAGCUGCUCUAUGAUGAAAUCGUCAAGUUACCUUUCGGUCUUCACGAAAAGGAACCUGUAAGUGCAUUUAGGUCGUUCAAGGGCGACUUCAUCUUUCUGGUAGGUUUCGGAACUACUAGCUCCUCUGAACGCACCUCUUAUGGUGUCUCCAGCCGAACGAAAGCCGGCCCCUGGAAUCCCUUCCAACAGGGAGAGACUACCAUUAUCGCGGAGCGAUGCUGA